CCUUAAGAGCAGAGAAUUUCUGAGGUAAACGUUGGCGGAGGACGGGAUAUGUGAGACUGUCGUAAAUUAAUCGGAGAAAAAAAUAGAUUCAUUAUUAUUAACUAUAGCUUGCGAAUUUUACAAGAUAAUUAAGCAUUGAUCGAUCGUUCCGAACAUUUACAAUCAACGGGUGCAACUGAACGCUCCCUGAUCACACAAAAUUAAAUGUUAAAACACUUGAUGGUAGAGAAAGUUGUGACAUAAUAAAACCACGAGACAUAAUGAGAUUUAGUCAAAGUAACAGAACAGUGGCACUCAUGUACACGCAAUCAUUUUAAGAAUAUGGUUAGAACGACGAAAUAAAGAAAUUCAAAUUUCUGCUGAAUUAUUCUUCGAAUCGGUUUUUACAACUAUACGUUAAACGUCAGCGAAUACAAACAGUCCAACAUGAACCAUUAUGGGAACAACGUCAUGGUUCAGAAAACGCCGAUACAAACGUUCUACGCGGGCCAGUCGAUCUUCAUUACAGGAGGAACAGGUUUCCUUGGGAAGAUUUUGAUCGAAAAAUUGUUGCGAAGUUGUCCCGACAUCUCUAAGAUAUACCUGUUAAUACGGUCGAAGAAAGGCAAGAACAUCGUAACUCGACUGAACGAAAUAUUCGAAUAUCCCAUAUUCAACCACGUAGGAGAGAAGAUGCCUAACUUUCGUGAUAAGAUCGUGCCGAUAACCGGUGAAUUGAACGAAAUAGACCUAGGAUUCACAAAGAGUGACAAAGACCUACUAAUACGCGAGAUAUCAAUAGUAUUCCAUUUGGCGGCGAGUGUACGCUUCAAUAACGACAUCAAAGUCGCUACAAUAAUAAAUGUAAUUGGCACGCGUGCUAUGUUGGACUUGGCCAAAUGUAUGCCGAACUUAAAGUCGUUCAUACACGUAUCAACUGUAUUUACAAAUUGUCAUAUAAAACAUAUAGAAGAAAGAUUCUACGAGUAUGUUAUUAAUCCUGAAAAACUUAUUACACUGAUACGAACAUCGACCGAAAAUACGAUUAACGAGACUCUAGCGAGAGUGGCACCACAGGGGCACAACACUUACACGUUUACAAAAGCGAUAGCGGAAAUAGUUGUUAGGGAUAACAGUGGGAAUUUACCAAUCGGAAUAUUUCGACCAGCUGUAGUUAUAAAUGCCGCUCACGAACCGCUUGCGGGAUGGGUGGACAAUUAUCACACAAUGAUGGGAUUUCUAGCACCUUUUUCCAAAGGUCUACUGAGAUUUAUAAGAUGCGAUAAUAAGAAUAAAAUACAUUUUAUGCCAGUCGAUAUAACCGUAAAUGCUCUAAUUGCCAGUGCGUGGGACGUAUUCAAUCAGCCAAAAAGGAGAGGCGACAAAAUGUUAAUUUAUAAUAGUGUGUCGAUGAACAACACGCCUUUGAAGCUGAGCGAAUUGUACUCUUACGCAGAAAUAGCCUGUGAAAAAUACCCGGCGAACGGCUGCUACUGGCUACCGACUCUCACGUUAAUCAAAAAUAAAUUUAUAUACACAGUAUGCAUUUGGUUCUGCCAUCUGUUACCCGCUUUAAUCAUCGAUAUCUUUGCAAAAUUUAUAGGCGCUCGACAAAGUUUAUGGAAAUUGUACGGAAAAAUUCACGAUUUUUGCAAGUUAGUCGAAUUUUUUAUUGUCAAUGAGUGGAGCUUUGAUAACAGUAACAUUCGUGCAAUGUGGCAAAACAUGAAUAAAAGUGAUCAGCUCUUAUACAAUUUCAAUAUGAAAAGUUUCGACUGGUUGAAAUAUAGUGAAAAUGUUAUUAAAGGCAUGCAGCUAUACUUGUUUAAGGAUGAUUUCAGUACUUUGGAGGUUAGCCGUGACAAAUGGAAAAGAUUGUAUUGGAUACACCACACGACAAAGUUAACAUUCAUAUUCAUCGUCGGUAUGUUCCUCUGGAAGCUAUUAACAAUUACGUUCUUGUAGCUUGCACACCUUUUCCAUGUAAUUAUUUUACUUACACAAAAUACUACAAUCGCGCGUUACAUCGUUUCUAUGUAAUGUUGUGCAAUAUUUAUUGGAAAAUACUAUGAUUUUGGGCAAAACAGUGUCAUGACGGUCACUUAAGCGGAAACUCUCGUAAAUCUGAUAAAAAAAUUUUAGGUUCGGGAACCGUUUAAUGGACACCUUGGACAGAUGUUCACUAUAAUAUAGACUAGUGCAAAACAUUUCAUAAAAAUAUUUAUCAGAGAGAAAAAAAGCAACAUGAUUUGAUCGAGAUUAUUUCGACCUUGGAGUAAUGUUGGUCAGCGAUGUUUACAGUAUGUCUGUAUAAAAUCAGAGAAGACACACAUUUCACUGAAAAUAUUUAUUAAAGAAGAAACAUGAUAAAUAUUUGACAUAUCUCGAAAAAAUAGAUAAUUGUUUAUUGAUUUGCCAUCUCAAUAGUACCUAUCAAGGCUAUUCCAAUCAAUGCAAUAUUUGUGCGCCCAAACUCUGCAAAAUGUACAUCGAAAGCACAUUUCGACAUUUAUUCCAAAUUCUCCACGAAGAGAACUCUUAAUCCUGGUCACCCCAGCACCGACUGGCCGACAAUGCUCAAAUUAUAUGUUUCCACAAAUAGAUUAAUCACGUUAUAACAAUCCAUUAAUUCAGAAAACUAAUAUUCUUACUGCAUAUUAAAAGAUUUUAGUGAUAUUGUAGAAAAUAGUGUAAUAUUUUUGCAUGAAUUAGUAUGAAUAAAUAUAAUUUAGUAUGAAUAAAUGACUACCGCAUGACUACCUUUUCAACAGCGAUCCUUUUAUCACAAAACGACGAGACAAACAUUUCGCAAUAGUCGAGCCGUGAACAUUGCUAAUAUAACGGUGUUUCGUUU